AUGUGUUCGUUAUUAAGCUUCUUUAUCACCGUGGCCGUGCUUGUGCUGGCGGCACCGAGGGUCUUGGGGGCAGCCUCGCCGCGCUUGCCAGCGCUGCUGCAUGUGUCCCCGUUCUUUGACGCAGCAGCCCCUGUCGCCGCCACCAUAAAACUGCCCAACGGAUCAAAGCCCAAGGCCUUCUCAUUCGGCCGCGGCAGUGACCUUUUCGUAUCCACGCUCAGUGGCGAGGUGCUCCAUUUCGACAUGGGCGCCGCUGACGCAGCAGCGACGCGCACCCUUCUAGCAACAGAGCCAGGAAUCGCACUGACCGGCAUUCAGUACGACCCGCAGCAGCACGCCCUUUUCGUUGCCGGCAGCGUGUCCGGAAAGAUCUUUGUUUACACCCUCACCGCCAGCCGCCCGUACGAAGUCGCGCGCCGCGCGGCCGUCGCGCUCGCCCGGCCGCGCGGGCGGUGGCAGGCGCCCUAUGUCAACGAUGUGGCGAUCGGCCCCAGCCACGUGUACGCCACCGACUCGUUCGAGCCUUUUGUCCACAUGAUCCCUCGUUUCUCAGCCAGCAACUGGGUGGCGGCUGCUGACGUCGGCGGCACGGGCGGCGGCGCCACAUACGUGCACCUGGGCCCCGGCUUUGUAACGACCAGCGCCCGCCUGAACGCCAACGGGCUCGUUUUCGCGCGCAACAACACCCUCCUGGUCAGCAACUUUGACCAGAGCUACGUCGCGGCCGUCCAGCUGCCGCCCGGCGGCGCGCCGCGCGCGCAGGGGGAGGCGGCGGCGGCGGUGGUCGCGGCGCGGCUGCCGUGGGUUAAGGCGGGCGGCAAGGGACCGUGGCGCAAGGUCUGGGCGGACUCCAUGGUCAUGGGGCCGGGGGCUGACACGGUUUACCUGUCAGACAACUUUGAGGACAGGGUGCUGCAGCUGCGGCUCACGCCCGACCUGUCGAGCGCGAACGUCACGUGUGUCAUCUCGCCGCGCGGCGGCGGCGGUGGCGGCGGCACCACUGCUCUCCGUGCGCCGACGGCGAUGGCGUUCAAGGACGGGGUCCUGUGGGUGCUCAAUGCGCGGCUGCUGGACUGCCCCUUUGUGCUGCCCUGCACCAAUCAGGGUUACGAAAUUGUGGGGGUGCGGCCGACCCAAGUAUGCCGGUAA